GCAGUUUUGUACUAGUCCCCGCAACUGUGCUGACACAGAUCUGACUCCUCCAGUUGCUAACCUUCCACCAGGGUCCCAUUUGCACCAGCAUCUUAGAAGCAAGAGCAAACCCAAAACUUCAAAGCGUAGCUGGCCGUUUUCUGUGCAGCUUUCAUCAGACGUACACGAAUGUCCUGGGAACUCGCUCCUUGAGGGGAAAGGUGCUGCUGAGGAAAGGCUCUCUGGAUUUAAGUGAUCUUCAGCUUGUUAGGCAAAUACCGAAAAGCAGCACACAAGGAAAGGAAGCUUCACUAGACAGUGUCAAGAAAGGAAAAUGAAGUUCCAGAGAAUAAACUCGGAGGCUUAAAGUGGUUGCACAGCAGCAGCGGCACCACAGUUCCCAAACUGUUUUGAAGGCGCAGAUUUGCCGCGUGUCGGUGUCAUAAUGGCAGCUGUUAUGAGCUUGGGGAAGAUUGCUGAAAAUGGCACCGCACCAUCUCAGAACGCCAAGUCCCCACCAAAACCUCUUGCUCCCAAUCGGAUUGGCAGGAGAAACCAGGAAACAAAAGAUGACAAGUCUUCCUAUACCUGCCCUCUUUGUGAAAAGAUUUGCACUACUCAGCAUCAGUUGACAAUGCAUAUUCGUCAGCAUAACACGGACACUGGAGGAACAGACCAUUCCUGCAGCAUCUGUGGAAAGUCUCUGAGCUCCGCAAGCUCCCUCGACCGCCACAUGCUGGUCCAUUCUGGCGAAAGGCCUUACAAAUGUUCGGUGUGUGACCAGUCCUUCACCACCAAUGGAAACAUGCACAGACACAUGAAAAUCCACGAGAAGGAUCCAAAUGGCACUACUACAAGUACAGCACCUGCCUCCCCACUGAAACGCAGGCGGUUGUCCACAAAACGAAAACUCAGCCAAGAAACCGAGGCAGACAAAGAGGAGCGAAUUCCAGCCAAAAAGGCCGUGGAGGAACCACAAAGUGGCGAAGCUGAGAAGAAGGCCGAGGAUGAAGUUUAUCGUUGUCCAGUGUGUUUCAAGGAAUUUUCGUGCAAGUAUGGGCUGGAAAGCCACAUGGAGGCACAUCCAGACACCUCACUGAGGUGUGACAUCUGUUGCCUUUCCUUCCGCACGCACCGGGGUUUGUUGCGGCAUAAUGCUGUUAUUCAUAAACAACUUCCAAGAGACCCACUGGGAAAGCCUUUUAUUCAGAAUAACCCUUCGAUUCCUGCAGGCUUCCACGAUUUGGGAUUCACAGAUUUCUCCUGCAGGAAAUUUCCUCGCAUUUCUCAGGUCUGGUGUGAAACGAACCUGCGACGGUGCAUCAGUGAAUAUCACCGGUAUGUCUGCGAGGUGUGCAACAAGGCGUUCCCCAUGCGCUCAGCGCUCAAGCUGCACGCAGAGACGCAUGCCGCGGAUCAGGAAAGAGACAAGCACGAGCUGCCCUCGGAGGACCCGGACCGGAAAGCUUACAUGGCAUCCUUGGGGCUGCAGCAUACCAAAGACGUUGAACCUGCCCAGCAGGAGGAGCUGGCUUCAGAUGAGGCCCAAGAAACUCAGCUCCAAACACUGAAAUGUAACCUACCUCAGGAACCUGGUAGUGCUAACCAGUUGAACAUGUCUCCUCUGGAGGCUGCUUCCGUGGAAGGGCCGUUCUCUGUCCUCGCCCCCACAAAAGAAAACAUGAAGCUCCUGUCACUACAGCAUUUCCAGAAAGGCUUCAUCAUCCAGCCUGACACUAGCAUUGUCGUCAAACCCAUUUCUGGCGAGCUGGCGGACAUCCAGCAGAUCUUGAAGAUGGCUUCCUCUGCAACGCCGCCGAUAAGCCUCCCGCCCCUCUCGAAGGCGCCUCCUGUCCCCUUGCAGUCCCUCUUCAAGCACAUGCCUCCACUGAAGCCAAAGCCCUUGGUGGCGCCCAGGACGGUUGUCGCAACUUCGACGCCUCCUCCGCUGGUCAGCACUCAGCAAGCCUCGCCCGGGUGCAUCAGCCCAAGCCUUCCUCCGGUGCUGCCCAAGCCGCUCAGAACCUCUGAAGAGUUGACUUUGGCCUCUCACCUUCCUCAUGGUAAAGCAGGAACCAAAUCCAGCCCUUCUCCCCAGGCCAAGGCGGAGAUGAAAACGCAGCUGGAGCAAGACAGCAUCAUCGAGGCCCUGCUGCCCUUGACGAUGGGUGGGAAAAUCAAGCAGGAGGUCAUGGAGCGGGACUUCAAAGCCAUGAUAGCCGGGGCAGCAAGCAAGAAGGCCCCCGCCGUGAGGAAAAUGACGUUCCCGUGUCACUUGUGCAAGCAGGUAUUCGCAUUCUCCGGGGUCCUGAGGGCUCACAUCCGCUCCCACCUGGGCAUCUCCCCGUACCAGUGCAACAUCUGCGACUACAUUGCAGCCGACAAGGCGGCGCUGAUCCGGCACCUGAGGACGCACAGCGGGGAGCGGCCGUACAUCUGCAAGAUCUGCCACUACCCUUUCACUGUGAAGGCCAACUGCGAGCGUCACCUGCGGAAGAAGCACCUCAAGACGACGCGGAAGGACAUCGAGAAGAACAUCGAGUACGUGGCCAGCAACGCCGCGGAGAUGGUGGACGCCUUCUGCUCUCCGGACACGGUGUGCAAGUUUUGCGGGGAGGACCUCAAGCACUACCGAGCUCUCCGCAUCCACAUGCGGACGCACAGCGGCUGCCAGAAGAAGAAGCCGUUCGAGUGCAAGGAGUGCGGCACUGCCUUCUCGGCCAAGCGCAACUGCAUCCACCACAUCCUCAAGCAGCAUUUGCACAUCCAGGAGAGGGAGAUCGAGAGCUACGUGCUGGCUGUGGACUGCACACCCCCAGAGAGCCAGCCGGGCACCUUGCUUCUCGAAGACAGCGCCUACCUAGACCGCAAGCCCAUCGCCCCGUUCCUGGAGUCGCAGAACGGCUUCUUGAGGGGCGCUCCUUCUCACGCAUCGAUCAAACUCGAAAACGCAAGCAGCUUCCCUAUGGAAUUCGACGAGCCUCUGGACUUCUCGCAAAAGAACAAGGACCUGAACUCUGUGCUGGUGAAGCAGGAGAGCCCGUUCGGGUCUUCUGUUUACGAUGGCUCUAUGGAGCCCAUAGACUUGUCGAUCCCCAAAGCUCCAAAGAAGGAAAAGGAUGACGGUGCCUCGAGUCAGGAUACAAAGGAAGGGCACGAGGAGAAUCUCCACAACGGCCAGCAGUCUCCUCCAGUGAACAGCAACCCGGAAAACAGAGCUCCCGGACAUUCCCAGCCCUUGAAGGGUCCACUGCAUUUGACAGUCCCAAUCAUUUCUCCCUCCCUCCUGGGAAAUGCUGCCUUGCUUCGGCCCUUGAGGCCUAAGCCCCUCUUGCCAAAGCCCCUUGUGGCAAAAGAGCUGCCACCCCUUGCUUCCAUUGCGCAGAUUAUUUCAUCCGUGUCGUCUGCUUCCGCUCUGUUGAAAACGGACGCUGCGGACUCUGUCCCUAAAGCAGCUGCUGGCCCUGAGAAGCUCGGGACCCCAAAACCGAAAGCAGCUCCCGCAGCUGCUGCCCAGGCGGACCCCAUCGUUUCCACUGACUUGAUGCCGCAUGCAUGCAGCCCCAACGGGCCCCAGAAGUCCACCACAUCUGGGUCUGUGAAAAAGAGAGGCCGGAAGAAGGGGGCAAAGAACAAGCUGAAGGCAAGCAGCAGCAGCAGCGUGGACCUGGAGUCGAGCGGGGAGUUCGCCAGCAUAGAGAAGAUGCUGGCAACCACAGACACCAAUAAGUUCAGCACGUUCCUGCAGUCGACGGAGGACUUCAAAGAAGCAGCGGCUGACCCAAACGGAACCAGUGAGGAGGAGAAAGAAACGGCCGAAGACAAACUCCUGCGGGGAAAGAGAAACGCCUACUCAAAUUGCUUUCAGAAAAUCAACUGUCCCCAUUGUCCGAGAGUUUUCCCCUGGGCGAGUUCCUUACAGCGGCACAUGCUCACUCACACAGGUCAGAAGCCCUACCCCUGUCAAAAAUGUGAUGCCUUCUUUUCCACCAAAUCUAACUGUGAACGCCACCUCUUACGCAAACACGGAGUUGCCAACUACUGUCUGAGAAGAAACGGGCUUAUCCCCCAGUCUAAAGAAAGUGAUGCUGGAGCUCAUGAUAGCACAGACAGCCAAUCGGAUCUGGAGAAUGCAAGUGUGGGAAGUGAAGCGUUAGACUUGACUUCUGGCGAAAGAGACCACCUAGAGGAGGCCGCUGAGCUUCCAGACCCUGAGCGCAGUCCCAAAGAGGAGGAGAAGAUGGACACAUCUCAAGGGGAAGAAGAUGCACAAGAGAAACUCAGCGAGGACGAAGAGGGGCCAGAAGAAGACUCUGCCAGCAACAGGAGCCUUGACCUCAAUUUUGCUAGCAAGCUCAUGGACUUCAAGCUGGCUGAGAGUGACCAGAGCACCGGUAGCGGCAUUCAGGCAGAAAAGAAGCACACCUGUGACAUUUGCGGGAAGUCCUUCAAGUUCGCGGGCACUCUCAGCCGGCACAAAAAGGCUCACGAGCGCGACGACAGGAAGGACGAGAAGAGCAGCGAGGACGAAAGCAAGAGCAUCCAAGGCGGAGGCCAAGUUCCUAUGGCUCAGGAGGAGUCUUCUCCUGAGCAGGAAGAGCCCACAGGAGACCUGAAGGCAGCAGAGUCUCCCAUGGACGGCGAGGCCAUGGGGAAGGAGAACGAGGAAAGCGAGAGCAUCUCCGAGGGGGAGAGCACAGAGCGGAAGUCUUCGGAGAAGAGCGACGACGACAGGAAGCCAAAAGCGAAUGGUGGGACUAAGAGCGAGUCAAAGGCAGACAAGAGGAAGAAAGUCUGCACGGUGUGCAACAAGCGAUUUUGGUCUCUGCAAGACUUGACGAGGCACAUGAGGUCCCAUACAGGGGAGCGACCUUACAAAUGUCAAACCUGCGAACGGACCUUUACUCUGAAGCACAGCUUGGUUCGCCACCAGCGUAUCCACCAGAAGGUAAAGAGUGCUAAGAACCACGAGAAGGAGAGCGACCGAGAGGACGGCCACUCUCGGGGCGAGGAAGAUAGCGAAAACGAGUCUCUCCACAGCAGCACCAACCCCAUCUCGGAAAACGAGUCCGACUCGCUUGCGGGGCUCGGAAGCCAUUCCCCAGUCACCAGGAGCCGCAAGGAAAGCCUUGUCAACGCCGCAAAGGAGGCCGUUUGCAAAGAAGACAAACCCGCCACUGGGAGUCGGACGGCAGGCUCUUGUCCUGCAGAGUCCAGCAAGAAUGCCCAGAAGCAAACAGAGUCCCGAGGGAAGGGUGAUCGAGGGAGCCCGCCUGGCUUCAUCCAGGACUUGCUGGAGAUCCACAACAAAAAAUCUUCCAUGAGUCACAUUCUCGCCUCCGCAGAGAGUGCACCUCAGCUCUUGGGUGUCGAAUGACGGCUGCGGCAUCAUCAGCCACACACCCCAGCGAACUGACCCAGUGUACAUGGAAUAAAGUUGACAAUGCAAGCUCCCCCCCUUUUUUUUUGGAGAUGCUGAAUUGGCCUGCUGUCAUUAUGCAGGAAUGGGUUUGAGGGCUGGGAAAUUGGUGGGAGUGGGAAGAUGGCAGUCUGGAUUCAGUGCCAUAAAUCUUUCAGUAUAAAAAAAAAUGCAAAAGACUAGUUAUAUACUGAUUUGAGUGCCUUACUACUUUAUUAGGUCUUUUGGUAUCAUAGGUUUUUUU